AUGGAGAAUUUUAAGGUUGGGUAGUAUCCAGGUAAAACAAAAGUAGCAACUAAAGAAGAGAUAAUUGAAAAGCUAGAAUAAACUUAUCGCAAAAAGAAUAUAUAAAUGCUUGGCUUUUACUCAUCAGAUUUGGACUGUAUAAUUGAUGAUCCUGCUUUUAUGUUAGUUCCUAUAGAUGAAAGAAUGCUUAAUCGUUCUCAUGGCGUCUUUGAUUCUAUGGCUAUUACAAAAUUUAGGUUCUUUAGACUUACUUAGCACUUGCAAAGAUUUGAGAACUCAGCUAAAAAAGUAGGAAUCUAAAUGCCAAUGUCUAUAGAUCAAAUUAAAGAAAUUAUGAUGGACUUAGCUUCAUUUUCCUACAAAAAGCUUUACGAACAAAAUAAUUAAGCAGAUUUAGAAGGCACUGUAUUAAAUAUAAGAAUAUGGCUUUCGUCAGGAAGAGGAGAUUUUGGUAUUUAUUCAAAUGAUAAAAAACCUAUUUUUUAUGCUUGCACUUUUAUCCCUACUACCCCUUACGAUAAAUUGAAAGAGGGAGUUAAAGAAUUUACAGUUAAUCUGGGGUAGCAUGAAAUAGAAAAUAUAUAAUAAGCAAAAUCUAUUUCAUAUUUAGAAAAUGCCAUCAUAGCUAAUGCUUCUAAAAGUAAAGGAGGAUAUUUAGGAAUUAAGGUUGAUGAAAAUGGAUUCUUGUUAGAAGCUUCAAUAGCAAGUAUCGGUAUGGUAUUGAAAAACAAAGAAUUUGUUUCUCCUCCAGCUGAUAAAAUAAUAGAAGGAACUACCCUUAAAAAAUGCAUGCAAUACAUAGAAAAAGAAUUGAUACCAUAAGGUUAUAUAAAGGCAGCAGAACGUAGAUAUUUUGAUCUAUAAUAUGUUCACGAAAAUGUUUAAGAAUUUAUUCUUUUUGGAGGUGAUAAGAUUAUACCUGUACUUUAAUUAAAUGAUAAAUAAAUUAACGACGGAUAAAAAGGCCCAAUAUGCUAAAUGAUAUAAGAUUGGUUUAAAAACUAGAAGUAAGACUUAGGUGAUGAAUUAGUUGAUGUUAGUUUUUUAAAAAAUGAAAAGAAUAACUGA